AUGAGCAAGACAGCAGCAGGAGUGCAGGAGCAUGUGGACCAUGAGGUGCUGUCGUUCCUGCGUUUCGCACGGCGGAAGCGUCUGGAGAACCUUCGUGAGGUCGACGGAAUCUUUGAGGACUUUAUGGAGGACCAUGUUAACGAAGCCACGUACACAGCAGAUGAAGUCAUCGCUCUCAUUGGAAGCCUUCAGAGACAUGUUCGGACAAAUGUGGCUGCAGAGCUUCAACAUGUAGCUCAUGUCACUACCGUCCUUCUUCAACAGCUUCAUGCUCAGGCAAGCAAGUGGUAUCUCCGCCUCGCAAGCGAUCUGGCUCAGCUGGACGAUGCCUCGCUUCUUGCCGCUGUCGCUGCCUUUGAGUCAGACAAGCUGGCUUCGGCUUCUGCUACCUCUGCUGCCUCUGCUCAGUCGGCCUUCCUCCCGCCGCUCGAGUCCUUCUCUGACGAGUCGCUCGGCCUCCUCCGCAACGAGAUCGAGAUGCUCAAGGCCAAGAACGCCGCCCUCGCUGCCGACAAGGAGUCGCUCCAGCAGAGUCUCGAUGACGCUCUCCGCGGAACCGCCUCUGAGGAGGGCGCCCUUGCUGCUGCACAAAAACUCUCUGAUCAGCUGCGCGAGGAGCUGGCAGAGACAAAGCAGAUGCUCGCCCGCCGCGAGGCCGCCCUGGCCCAGGCCGACGGCGCCGCGUCGCACUCUGCACCUGCCCCGUCCACCUCGGCAGACUCGGACGAGAUUGCCCGCCUUCAGUCCGAGCUCCGCGAGGCCCAUGCCAACAUCCGCGCCAAGGAUCUUGAGCUUGCUGCCGUCAACGCCGAGCUCGACGCCAAGGUCUCCAAGACCUCGCCGUUCAUCUCGCUCAAGAAGAUGCUGCGCAAGAAGAACGAUCUCAUCAAGUCCCUCCGCGCCCAACUCGACCGAUGGGAGAACCCGGCGUCGUUCAACUUUGCCCUUCCCGGCCUCUGGUCCGCCCUCAAGGUCGCCUGGCGGUACUCAAUGCCGUCGCCUCCGGCUGACGACCAACUGUCGACCAUGUUCCCGACUGCAGAGCCAGAGCUGGAACAAAUUGUGCCACCGGCACAUGUGCAGGCCACGUGGAUCGGCCACGCCUCCACCCUCGUCCGUUUCCACGCCGGCUGGACGCUCCUUACUGAUCCUGUCUUUGCGAACAGAUGCUCUGCCGUCCAGUGGGCGGGGCCCAAGCGCAUGCUCCCGCCGCCGCUGGCCAUCGAUGAUCUGCCAGACAUCGACCUCGUCGUCAUCUCGCACAACCACUACGAUCACUUGUGCAAAUCAUCCGUCAUCGCCCUUGCUCAUCGCUUCCCACACCUCCUCUUCCUCGUCCCGUCUGGAUUGGGGAACUGGUUCCGCAAGAACGGCAUGACAAACGUCGUCGAGCUCGAGUGGUGGGACUCGGUCGUGCUCGAGCGGGAUCAUGACGGCAGCCCACGAGUCGUUGCUGAGCAUCGCGGUCUCAGUCAGCGCCUCCUGGACGCACGCUCCUCGGACAACGAGCCCAUUGACGAGCUGGCCGCCCUCACUGCCCACGCCGCCGCUGCACGCACCUUUGAUCCCGACAGCCCGCCGCGGCUGGCGGUCUCCGCCACCUGUGCCAAGCACUGGUCCGGCCGCUUUGUCGUCGACAAGUGCAAAUCGCUCUGGUGCUCGUGGGCCAUCCACGCAUCGGAUGGCGCAUCGUACUGGUUUGCCGGCGACACCGGGUACGACGCCCACGGCUUUCAGACCCUCGGCGCCGCCUACGGUCCCUUCACCGCCGCAGCCAUCCCGGUCGGCGCAUACCACCCGCGCGACUUUCUGCAGGCCCAGCACGUCGACCCGCUCGAGGCUGUCGCCAUCUCAGUCGACGUCCGCGCAGCCGCCUCAUUUGCCAUCCACUGGGCCACAUUCAUUCUCGCUGCCGAGCCCAUCGACGAGGCGCCUAUCCUCAUUGCUAACGAGCUCGACCGCCGCAACCUUCCGCCGCACGCCUUUGUCCCGCUCAGACAUGGCGAGUCGCGCGUGUGGCCGGCGCCCGCCGCAGACAGCGACCACAGCGACGAGCUCUCGCGCGACGGCUCCUCGUCUGCCUGA